CCUCGCGCCGUGGUGGUGUGGCGCGAGCUGUGUGCCGGUUGUGUGUGUUAAUAUUACAAUCAGGUGUACUGAUGGCAGACUUGGAGCAGCAACAGCAGCAGGGGCAGGAUGGGGGCAUCAAUAGUGGUGGCAGCGGAAGUAGUGCUGGGGAGCGUCUCCGAGAGGAGUACCGGCGACACGUGCAGACUCAGCUGUCCCACGACCUUGUGGACACCAUUGCCAGCCUGCAGCAGCACCAGCACCAUCUCCAGCAACUGUCUGAGCAGCUGGAACUGGCCACCAAGCAGGUGAAGAGCAGUGCCACAGAGACCAAGGACACCAUCAAUGCCACGCUGGACGCCUUCCUAAUCACUGUGAAUGAGGCAGUCAGUGCCAGGCGGCAGCAGCUUCUUGACGAGGUGCAGCAGGUGGAGGAGGAGGCACUGGGGCCGCUGGAGCAGUGCGGGCGGGAGCUGGCUUGUCGGCUGGAUGAGGUGGAGGAGAGGGUGACGCAGGGGGAGCGGCUGCAGCGACACAGUGGUGUGAUGGCGCGAGACACUGUGCUGCGGUUUCAGGAGGAGGCUGCUGCCAUGACUAGCCUGCCAGAGGUGCCAGCACUGUGUGCCGUGCCAAGUGUCAGCGUGGAGUUCCCCCAUGACCCGUCGCUGGAGGAUGAGGUGCGGGAGCUGGUGGGGCGCGCUGGCAGGGUCUCACGGAUGGGACCUGUGCAGAUUACCAAUAUUGUGGAACAGCCUGGUGCCUUGCUGGUGUCCUGGGAAGAGGUGGACGAGGAUGUGUCUGAUGAAGGCCUUGAGUUCUGCCUUGAGUGCAGCAACACUGGCGCCACGGACCCCCAUGCCGCUGUCUUCACCCGCAAGUACGAGGGUCCUGACUAUUCCUUCCUGCUGCGAGACCUCAAGGCGGGGGAAAACUACCUCCUGCGGGUGGCGUCACGGCGGGAGGGAGCAUCCUGUUUUGGUCCUUGGAGCCUUGUACAGGCAGCCUCUACCAAUAGAUCACAUUUCAAGUGGAGCAACAGCAGCAGUGCCAGCAGUGCAUGGACAGUGGCAGACGAUGGGCGGCUGGCGUGCAAAACCUCGGAUGAACCAGAAGUAUUGCAUUCUGAGGCACCGCUGCUCAAACCUGGUUCCUCUGUGCUCUUCAAGAUCCUGCGUGGAGGUGGCGGCUGCAGUGACGAGGGGCUGGGCCUGAGCUGUAUGCCGGUAAUGGGACCUGAACACCUGCUGCUGCCUGGCACUCUCUUCCUCAGCGCACAGGGCUGUGUCUUCCUGGACGGGGUGAGCAGGGUGACUCGCCUCCCUGCAAUACAGGACAAGUCUCAGGUCAGCUUUGCCGUGGAGAAGGUGUCGUCCAGCAAAGUGCGGGUGUACAUCGAGAGCCAGGAGAAACAGGUGACGUACGAGUGGGGUGUGCCAAGUGCCCAGGACGGCCUCUACUUCCUUGCAUCCUUUGGGGAGCCACGCUGGAAGAUCAGUGUCCAUUAGGGUAGCCUUUGUACCCUGGAAACCCUUCUUUACCUCAGUCCUCCACAAAGAUGCCGCUCCCUCCCAUUCUUUGCCUCAACCCUUCCCAGGAUGCCCCUUCCCCCUUGCUUCACCCUCAUGACAAGAGAUGCAGUGCCAUGCUUCACCCACAGCAAGAAGAGGCUUUGUGAUGCCUUCUUGCUUCACCCUCAUCUCAUUCUUCCUUGUCUCACAUCCACCCAUCCACUUUCACCACCUAUUCUUACUUCUUUUCUUACUAAUGUCCAUCAUCCCACAUGUUUCAUCUGUGUGUCUGUCUGCCUGUUCACUUAUCUUAUGAGUUUAUGUUUCAUUCUCUAAGGAAUCUCUGUAAAUUGAAUCUCUGUACAUUGUGCCUCAUUCCUCCUUCCUUUCUUUUUGUUCUGCUUGGUGGCAGUAACAUAAGUAAUCAUGUGAUGAUCUGAGUAACAGUCAUUAAGUUGAUAAGUUUUUCCAUAACAGUGCUCCUUUCUAGACUUCUGAGAUACUCUCUAAAUGGAUUUAAGCAUGAAGGAAUCUCAUGGAGGCAAAGAACUGUUCACCAAGAGAUAGUAAGGAAGGAAUGAAGGAGUGCAUCAUCAUCAUCAUUGCUCACCAUCACUGUCAUCUUAAUUAUUAUGUUUACAAUUAAUUAAUCAUGUUAAGUUUUCGCUCUUCAUGUUCGUGAAUCGGUUUCUUUUGUUUAUCGUGUUGCGUCUGGCCCAAGAAGUGUCAGAACUGCUGCUUUCUCUCGUGUGUCGGCCAGUGUGUGACUGUUUGUGUGUUUGUAUUUGUGAGUGUGUGCAUGUGUAGGAAGACAUGGGCCUUACUCAAGUGAUGCAUUCCACAGUGAUGAGGAAGUACAUGUGAAGAGAAACAGCCCAUAAUCUCACCCCAAACCGGUAAUGUUAGUCAUUAUUAUUGGCCUCCGCUCCCAGGAGUAUUGCUGAGCACAAACACAACACUCAUUGCAUAUCACAUCUGGGUAAUGAAACUUUUCAUCAGCCUGCUAUCCAUUAGGCUUUCAUCUACACACCAGCUUUACUAAAGAUGUAUUGGAUAUCUGAACUCGGAGACCUGUGGAUGUUGGUUUAUGUAUGUGUGUUUUCCAAAUGCAGAUGUUAGCUUCAAGAAAGAAUUGGAUGUGGAUGCAAAUGUGAGAGUUACACCUCAUGGAUGUGGAUGUGGAUGUGGAUGUUUUCAGGAGUAUUAAGGAGUGAUAAGGAAUGUUUAGUGCUGUUUUUUUUUUUUUUUAAUAGUGACCACAUUCUGUGUGUGUGUGGCAAAGAUGCAGAUGUUUAUAUAUACAGUCCUAAAUGCAGAUGCAGAUGUUUAUUAAAUCAUAAAUGUGGAUACGUAUAUAUGUUUAUUAGAUGAGAAAUAUGGAUGCAGAUGUUUAUUAUUAAAUGGUAAAUAUGGAUGGGAAUGUUUAUGACAAACAUGAAUGCUGAUGCAAGUGCAGAUUUUAAAAAUGGUAAGGAUGUUCCUCAUACAUAAUGUAGAUGUGGGUAUCCAAUACAUCAUCAACACUGACACAGGCUGGACACAGGAUGGUAUGAAUUAUGCAUGCAGCAAAAGGAAAUUAACAGUAUCUUAAAAUUGCAUGAUGGAAGAAAAAAGAACAUAAAUGAAAAAGCUCAGUCUGUGUGUUUUGUUACUUAAAAAAACUAACCCCAUUUGCCUCUCAAGUAAAAUAUUGACCCCACAUUUGCCAACCAGUGACCCCUCCCCUCCCCUCCCCUCCCACUCCCUCUCAGCUCCCUUCCGUAUGGAUAAACUCAAGGACUGUUUUGCAUAAUAAAAUCAAAUCUAUG